CCUCGGAACGCGUCGAGCACGACGUCGUACCACGGCGGGUGCGCCCAGUCGAUCACGCCCCACAUAAACGGGAUCAUGAUGAACGCUGCUUUUCCAAUUUUCUCUGAGCUGAAGAUGGACUCAUCGUUCGCACCGCGCAGGACGACGAGCUGCUGGGGUUUCGGUGCAGCGGGCGGCUGAAUCGGUGCUACAAAAGCAGUCGCACUGAGUGCCAGGAUGGCUGCCACCACGCGUCGCAUGACUCGCUCUGUGUAUCGCAGUGCACAGCUGCACAGAUGUCGUAGCCAGCCGGAACCCCUUUCGCGCUGUGGCAGGCCUUCGAGCUAAAUUGUGACUGCUCUGCCUGCAGCAGAGCAUCCAGAGCUCGGGCUGAUUGCUGCCUGCCUGCGCGUUUCUGCGAGGUGCAAAGCAACGCGUGCAGUCAAACAGAUCGUCACAGUCGCGCGGAGCAUCGCUGGGCUCUGUGAGACGCCGCGACGGCUCCACAAGUGCCCCAACACUCACUGCUCUGCGAACGGUUUUAAAGGCCGUGCGGCGCUAACGCGUCGAAAGAGAUCGUCGGGCAGGGCCAGACAUAACACGAGACGAGAUCGUGACGAUGAUGGACUGGUUCCGCGGCGGCGCCAAGGCAGACGAGAGCGACGCCAGCGACGACCUGCUUAAGCAAGGCGACAAAGAACGCGACGCCGGCGACCUGACAGCCGCGCUGCACUUCUACGGAAAAGCAUUAGCGGUCGCGGGCUCGCCCGACAAGCGGAAGGCCGCGCUAUUGGCGCAGUCACGUACCUAUGUUUUGAACGGUGAUUUAACCGAAGCCGAAGAGGCGGCCACGCGAGCGCUCGACCUGGGCGUCUGCGCCCCGUCGUUGGUACGGCGCGGUUGCGCGCGAAGGAAGCUCGGGCACUUCGGCGCGGCCUACGAAGACUUGCGAAGGGCCGCGCAGCUCGACCCGCAAAAUAGGGAGGCCCGGGACGAGAUAAGGCGGCUGCACGCAGCGGCUCAAAGGCGUCAAAAAUUUGAGGCCGAGGCCCAGCGCGACGCCGAGGCGGAACAACUGCGCGCAUCACUUCCGGGCGAUUUGGUGGAUGCCGUCAUUGCAUCCUGCCGCGAGCCGUUCUACGCCGAGGCCUCCGUCGCGCCGGGCCUGGGGUACGAGCUCAACGCCGCGAUCGCGCGCGUCCAGGGUUCUGUUCUCGCGAUCACGCCGCCGCGGCGCUGCCCGGGCGUCAAUUUGUCGACGACGGGCAAGGCGGUCCGCGACGGCAAAGCACCGUUUUAUGUGGACGUGGUCGUGCGAGGUGACCGGCCCUACGAGGCCGGCGUGUGGUUUAGGCUGGUGUACGCCUCGCGGGAAGGCCCGCCGCGCAUCCGCCAGGCGUCGCUCGGCCGCACAAUCGUCGUCGACGACGACGCGGACCACCACGGGCGUCGCGCUGGCCUCCAGUUCUACGCCCUCCUCGCCUCCCGGAGCGACGAGCCCUUCGGACUCGAGGCGGUCGUCGAGGGCCUACGGGCGGCGCUUGAGGACGACGGUUCGGAUCGGUGGCGCCACGCGGCGAGCGACCACUCCCGAAGAAGGCGAGUGAUCGACGCCUACAGAAACGAGUGGCCGGCGCACAAGAUCGGCCUUUUCGGAGAUAUCGACGAGGCGUCGGCGCUGGCCACGGCCGUGUCUACGCCCGGACCGUUCGCGCCGCCUGUACUACUACCAAAGAGCGCCCUCGCACCGCGGCUGGUCGAGGCGAUUGAGGCGGGAGACCUGCGGCGCUGCGUCGAGGAGGUCUGCGAGGGCGUGUAUGCCUUUGAUUUGUUUUCCGCAGAGUUCACGACGGCGCUCUUGGCCGAAGUCGACUACUUCUACGCGAGCAAACUACCGGCGGCGCGACCGAACAGCAUGAACAACUACGGUGCAGCGACGGCGUCAGCCUCCACGCCAUCGACGCAUGCGGUCAGAAUCGUUCACACAGGCAUCAUCGUCAACGACAUCGGCCUCGAGCCGCUCAUGGUAGCACUGCAGCGCCUCGUGCUGCUCCCGCUCGCGCGGGAGCUGUUCUCCUCGUCAGACCGGGGCGACCCAGCCACUGGCUUCGACUCGACGCACGCGUUUGUUGUCAAAUAUCGGGCCGACGAGGACAGUCACCUGGACGUCCACACGGACGACUCGGACGGUCGGUGACUCGGCGUUGAAAUUUGAGUUCUACGUCGCGUCGAUGGCGCGAACCUCCACGUCCCCUCGCAGUGACGUUCAACGUCUGUCUCGGGCGGGACUUCGAGGGGUGUGGGUUGGUCUUCUGUGGGAUGAUCGGCGCGGCGGACCACCGGUGCCACAAGCACACGUACCACCAUCGCGUGGGCGCGUGCGUGGUACAUCUGGGCGCGAGGCGCCACGGCGCGGAUCACAUUACGAGUGGCGAGCGCCUCAACCUCGUCAUCUGGAACCAUGGCCUGGCGUGGAGGGAAAGUGAGGGUGCGAUGGCGCACCAGAUGGCGUAUGAAAAAGAAGGCGGUCCGCCCGACCCGCGCUGCGUGUCCUAUACGCACGAUCGCGACUACGGCUCCUUCAAGCCCUACACCGCGGGCAUUGUUGACUUCAAGCAUCGGGGCUGGUGCCCGCCGCAGGGCGCCGAAUACAACGGGUUCCGGGCGGACGAGUAGUGUGCAUAAGAUUUUUUGUGAAUA